CAGAACAAAAAGAAAGAAUUUUACUAUUCGACUAAUAAGUUAAAAAAUAUAAAAAGAAUUGAGCUCCACCCUUCUCCACCCUCUUCACCAAUUCAAUAUUCGAAACAAAGAAUCAAUAAUAAAAUAUUUUCCAAAAAGAAUUACUUUUUCCCCUUAUUUUUAAAAAAUAACAAACAACAAAUAUACGAAAGUGGUCACACAGAGGUCGCAGGAAUAUUUAAAAAAGGCUUCGAAGAUACAAAAGCGUCUUACGGAUUUAAAAUUGUUGAUGAGUGUAAGAAUACACUUUUCGAUCUCACGGAUGGAUUGAAUAUAAAAGUAGAUGGCUGCGGCGGUACCAAAUCUUUUAGACACAAGUUCACAAAUAUGUCCAUUGACUGCGAUGACAAUGGAAUUCUCACCAAAACUCUUCACCAUAGUAAACGUCACUGUAAUAGCAGUAAAUUCAAGAAGCGUGGUCCUAAUGGUGCCAUGACAACACAAAAUGGUGAAGGCCAUGGUUACGCCGGAUUAUCUAAAUAA